GGCGGCUCCCGAAGAAGCUUUGCCAGGGGCUGAGCCAACCAGAUCGCCUUCCUCACCGUGCACCUCUGCGCCUCGGCCAUAUGGACUCCCUGUGCAGCUCCGGGGAGCUCGCCUCCAAGUUCUGGGACUCUAACCUGUCUGUGUAUACUGACACCCCGGACCUCACGCCUUGCUUCCAGAACUCUCUGCUGGCCUGGGUCCCCUGCAUCUACCUGUGGGCUGCCUUGCCCUGCUACCUGCUCUACCUGCAGCACCACCGUUGUGGCUACAUCAUCCUCUCCCACCUGUCCAGGCUCAAGACGGCCCUGGGCGUUCUGCUGUGGUGUGUCUCCUGGGCGGACCUCUUCUAUUCCUUUCAUGGCUUGAUCCACGGCUCAGCCCCGGCCCCCGUCUUCUUUAUCACACCGCUGGUAGUGGGGAUCACCAUGUUGCUGGCCACAUUGCUGAUCCAGUAUGAGCGGCUUCGGGGGGUGCAAUCCUCAGGAGUCCUCAUCGUCUUCUGGUUCCUAUGUGUGGUCUGUGCCAUCAUCCCCUUCCGCUCCAAGAUCCUCUCAGUCAUGGCAGAGGGUAGGAUCUCAGACCCCUUCCGAUUCACCACCUUCUACCUCUACUUUGCCCUGGUGCUCUGUGCCCUCAUCCUGUCCUGCUUCAGAGAGAAGCCGCCAUUUUUCUCUCCAGAAAAUGUUGACCCGAACCCCUGCCCAGAGACCAGUGCUGGCUUCCUCUCCCGCCUGUCUUUCUGGUGGUUCACAAAGCUGGCCAUCCUGGGCUACAGGCAUCCUCUGGAGGAGCAGGACCUCUGGUCGCUGAACGAGGAAGACCGCUCUCACAAGGUGGUGCAGCGGCUGCUUGAAGCAUGGCAGGGGCAGCAGAAACACACAGCAGGGCCCCAGGCUGGAGCAUUUGAACAAAAGACCCCAGGCGAGGAUGAAGUCCUGCUAGGGGGCCAACCCAAAUCCCGGAAGCCCUCCUUCCUCUGGGCCUUGGUGAGAACUUUCACCUCCAGCUUAGUCAUCAGCAUCUGCUUCAAGUUGAUCCAGGACCUGCUCGCCUUUGUCAACCCACAGCUUCUCAGCAUGCUCAUCCGGUUUAUUUCUAACCCCACGGCCCCCACCUGGUGGGGCUUCCUGCUGGCUGGGAUGAUGUUCAUAUGCUCCUUGAUGCAAACAUUAAUCUUACACCAGUAUUUCCACUGUAUCUUUGUGACUGCCUUGAGGCUACGCACAGCAAUCAUUGGUGUCAUCUACAGGAAGGCGCUGGUCAUUACUAACGCAGUCAAACGUGAAUCCACUGUGGGAGAAAUGGUCAAUCUCAUGUCAGUGGAUGCCCAGCGCUUCAUGGAUGUUUCCCCCUUCCUCAACCUACUGUGGUCAGCACCCCUGCAGGUCAUCCUGGCAAUAUACUUCCUCUGGCAGCUCCUGGGCCCAUCAGUCCUGGCUGGAGUGGCUGUCCUGGUCUUGCUGAUUCCACUCAAUUCAGCUGUGGCCAUGAAAAUGCGGACCUUUCAGGUUCAGCAAAUGAAGUUAAAGGACUCUCGAAUCAAGCUGAUGAGUGAGAUCCUGAAUGGUAUCAAGGUGCUAAAGCUAUAUGCUUGGGAGCCCAGUUUCUUGGAGCAGGUGGAAGGCAUCAGGGAGGGCGAACUCCAGCUGCUGCGCAAGGGUGCCUACUAUCAGGCUAUAUCCACCUUCAUCUGGGUCUGCACCCCCUUUCUGGUGACCCUGAUCACCCUUGGAGUAUACGUGGCUGUGGAUCAGAACAAUGUGCUGGAUGCUGAGAAAGCCUUUGUGUCCGUGUCUUUGUUCGACAUCUUAAAAUUUCCCCUCAACAUGCUGCCUCAAUUAAUCAGCAACCUGACCCAGACCAGCGUGUCUCUGAAAAGGAUCCAGCACUUCCUGAGCCAAGAUGAACUUGACCCCCAGUGUGUGGAGAGAAAGACCAUCUCCCCAGGCUAUGCCAUCACCAUACACAGUGGCACCUUCACCUGGGCCCAGGACCUGCCUCCCACCCUACACAGCAUAGACAUCCAGAUCCUGAAAGGGGCACUGGUGGCUGUGGUAGGGCCCGUGGGCUGUGGGAAGUCUUCCCUGGUGUCUGCCUUGCUAGGAGAGAUGGAGAAGCUGGAAGGCACAGUGUCUGUGAAGGGCUCUGUGGCCUAUGUGCCCCAGCAGGCGUGGAUCCAGAACUGCACACUUCAGGAAAAUGUACUGUUUGGGCAAGCCCUGAACCCUAAGCGCUACCAACAGGCCUUGGAGACCUGUGCCCUGCUAGCUGACCUGGACAUGCUGCCUGGUGGGGACCAGACAGAGAUUGGAGAGAAGGGUAUUAAUCUGUCUGGGGGCCAGCGGCAACGGGUCAGCCUGGCCCGAGCUGUUUAUAGUGAUGCCGACAUUUUUUUGCUGGAUGACCCACUGUCAGCUGUGGACUCCCAUGUGGCUAAACAUAUCUUUGACAAAGUGAUUGGGCCAGAUGGUAUACUGGCAGGCAAGACUCGUGUGCUGGUGACCCAUGGCAUCAGCUUCCUGCCCCAGACAGACUUCAUCAUAGUGCUUGCUGAUGGGCAGGUGUCUGAGAUGGGCCACUACUCAGCCCUGCUACAGCACGAUGGUUCCUUUGCCAACUUCCUCCGCAACUAUGCACCAGAUGAGGAUGAAGAGUACCUCGAAGACAGAAAGAUUGCCUUAGAAGAUGCAGAUGAGGAAGUGCUCCUGAUUGAAGACACGCUCAGCACCCAUACAGAGCCGACCGACGAGCCAGCCAUGUAUGAGGUUCGCAAGUUUAUGAGACAGCUGAGCUCCAUGUCAUCAGAAGAAGGCCAGAGCCGACCUGUGCCCAAGAGACACGUGAAUCCAUCAGAGACGGAUGCACAGGUGAUAAAGACGAAGGAGACUGGCACACUAAUCGAAGAGGAGAAGGCACAGACUGGCACUGUGAAGCUGAGUGUGUUUGGGGAUUAUGCCAAGUCUGUGGGGCUCUAUACCACAGUGGCUAUCUGUCUUCUGUAUGCUGGCCAAAGUGCAGCUGCCAUUGGAGCCAAUGUGUGGCUCAGUGCCUGGGCCAAUGAGGCGGCGGUGAAUGGCAGACAGAAUAAUACCACCCUGAGACUGGGUGUCUACGCUGCCCUAGGAAUUCUGCAAGGCCUCCUGGUGAUGCUGUCAGCCUUCACCAUGGCAGUGGGCGGUGUCCAGGCUGCCCGCCUGCUGCACUCGGCUCUGCUGCACAACAAAAUUCGCUCCCCACAGUCCUUCUUUGACACAACACCCUUAGGCCGUAUCCUCAACCGCUUCUCCAAGGAUAUACACACCAUUGAUGAGGUUCUGGCUCCCACCAUCCUCAUGCUGUUCAAUUCCUUCUUCAACUCCAUCUCUACCCUCGUGGUCAUCGUGGUCAGCACACCACUCUUCUUGGUGGUUGUGCUGCCUCUGGCUGUGUUCUACGGCUUUGUGCAGCGCUUCUAUGUGGCCACAUCACGGCAACUGAAGCGGCUGGAAUCGAUCAGCCGCUCGCCCAUCUACUCCCACUUUUCCGAGACAGUGAGUGGUACUAGUGUCAUCCGGGCUUACGACCGCAUCCAAGACUUCAAGGUCCUUAGUGAUACUAAGGUGGACAUCAACCAGAAGAGCUGCUACCCCUAUAUUGCCUCCAACCGGUGGCUAGGCGUUCGAGUGGAGUUUGUGGGAAACUGCGUGGUGCUCUUUGCUGCACUGUUUGCAGUGAUAGGGAGAAGCACCUUGAGUCCAGGGCUCGUGGGUCUUUCUGUGUCCUAUGCCCUCCAGGUGACAUUGGCUCUGAAUUGGAUGAUACGAAUGAUGUCAGACUUGGAGUCUAAUAUUGUGGCUGUGGAGCGAGUCAAGGAAUACUCUAAGACUGUGACUGAGGCCCCCUGGGUGGUGGAGAGCAAAUGUCCUCCUGAAGGCUGGCCCAUGCGUGGGGAGGUGGAAUUCCGGAACUAUUCAGUACGGUACCGGCCAGGCCUGGAGUUGGUGCUGAAGAACCUGACUCUGCAUGUGCAUGGUGGUGAGAAGGUGGGCAUCGUGGGCCGUACUGGUGCUGGCAAGUCCUCCAUGACCCUCUGCCUAUUCCGCAUCCUGGAAGCCGCAGAGGGUGAGAUCCUCAUUGAUGGCCUCAAUGUGGCCAAUAUUGGCCUCCAUGACCUGCGUUCUCAGCUCACCAUCAUCCCUCAGGACCCCAUCCUGUUCUCGGGAACCCUGCGCAUGAACCUAGACCCCUUUGGCCGUUACUCAGAGGAGGACAUCUGGAGGGCCCUGGAAUUGUCCCAUCUACACACAUUUGUGAGCAACCAGGCAGCAGGCCUGGACUUCCAGUGCUCUGAGGGCGGAGAGAAUCUCAGUGUUGGCCAGAGGCAGCUUGUGUGCCUAGCUCGAGCCCUGCUUCGCAAGAGCCGUGUCCUGGUUUUAGAUGAGGCCACAGCUGCCAUUGACCUGGAGACUGAUGACCUCAUCCAGGGGACCAUUCGCACCCAGUUUGAAGCCUGCACUGUGCUGACCAUUGCCCACCGACUCAACACUAUCAUGGACUACACCAGGGUCCUGGUCUUAGAUAAAGGGGCAAUAGCUGAAUUUGAUUCUCCAAACAACCUCAUUGCAGCUAAAGGCAUUUUCUACGGGAUGGCCAAAGAUGCAGGACUUGCCUAGAACACAUUGCUGGGGUUCCUCCUGGUUGGAAUUAACACCAAGUAUCAGAAUGGACUUGGUGGCAACGGGCAGAGCAUUUCGGAGAUUUCUGACUCUACAAACUGCCUCAUAGAACAGCCUUGCUUAACAUUGGAAUGAGGAAGUGAGCCAGAGGUCAUAGCUAUUUGAAGCAGACCCCAGACUAGUGCCUGGGUCUCCUGGUCCUGGUCUAGCAUUAUUCCCACACUGCACUGUUUUUAGGGGAUGACUUCCCUCCUGCCACUACCUUUUCAUAGUCUCCUGUACUGAUGCUGCUUGAAUCCAUUUCGGACCGGAUACUGAUGAAAUAAAGCUGUGUGGCCAACAGCCCCCACGCUACAUGUUGCCUUUUUCUGCCUGUUCCCAAGAUCUGGGGGUUAGAACCUUCGGAGACCGGGGACAUCCAGGCGAGGAACAGAACUUCCUAUACUUCUGUGUGGCUGCAGUAAUCUGAAACCUUCAGACCUGAAGCUUUUGGCUAGAAAUACCAUCUUUAUAGCCCAAAUCCACAGGGUAAUUUCAGUAGCUCCUGCUCUGCUGUGCAGAUGCUGUGAAAAGGUGAGAAAUAAAGGCCCUGAAAUUUGA